AAGGUGCAAAGCUUAACCUUUAAUUCCUUUUUCUUGCACGCAGUUUACUGUUUACCUCUGAAGAGUCUCCCCAACCCAACUAUACGACCAGCACGAAGAACCCACCGUAACCCACUGAUUCGGAGCCGGCAAAAUCGACGAUUCACACAAAGAGUUCGCCAAUGUCAGUUACGCUUCACACUAAUCUCGGCGACAUCAAGUGCGAAAUCGCUUGUGAUGAAGUACCUAAAGCAUCAGAGAAUUUUCUUGCAUUAUGUGCAAGUGGAUACUAUGAUGGCACCAUUUUCCACAGAAACAUAAAGGGAUUUAUGAUCCAAGGUGGAGAUCCUACAGGGACUGGCAAAGGAGGGACAAGUAUUUGGGGCAAAAAGUUCAAUGACGAGAUACGUGAAUCCCUCAAGCACAAUGCAAGAGGAAUGCUAUCAAUGGCUAAUAGUGGGCCCAACACGAAUGGGAGCCAGUUCUUCAUCACUUAUGCUAAGCAACCACAUCUGAAUGGAUUAUAUACCAUCUUCGGCAAAGUAAUUCAUGGGUUUGAAGUUCUUGAUCUCAUGGAAAAGACUCCAACAGGAGCUGGGGAUCGGCCAUUGGCAGAGAUUAGGAUUAACCGUAUUACAAUCCAUGCCAACCCGCUUGCUGGCUAGUCUACUCUUGAGAUUUAAUCUCCUAACUUGCAAAUUCAAAAUUAUGGUCUACCAAUCGGCAUGUUUGGAAUGGUAAGAGAUCCAUGACUAGAAAUCAGCAUGUUUGCAAAUACAUGAAUACAUAGUUUUAUGUUGCAUUUGGUAUCCAUAUUUGGUUUAAUUUGCAAAUUCAUGUGGCAUUCAAUUUUAACCGCCCAUAUCUGUCUCAAGAUGGUGAGCGAGAUGAUAGUAUGAUACCCUACAAAAAUCGGUAGUGUUGUUAUCAUUGUUUUGUUUGGUACAAUGAAUGAAACAUAACUGAAACAUAAAAACAAAUGAUCGAGGUAGUGUUUCUGU